GCGCCUCCCCGAUCGCUUGUCGUCGACCCCGCCGCCGUAAUGGCUGGCACAAUGCGCCCCAAUGAGAUGAACGUCUCCACCACCCCCGUUCUCUCCUCCAAAACCCUCCCCGGUAUCGACCUCCUCAAAUCCGAUUCCAAGAAACCUGCCCUCCCCCGUGCUCCUCGAAUCGACAUCGAACCCCUCUAUACCACCAUCAAGUCUUCCAUCAGCGAUUCAGAAUUCACCACAUACAAGUCCUCGUUGACCUCCUUCUUGCUGGGCAAUCUCAAUCAGGAUGAGUUGUCGCAACGCUUGGAUAGGAUACUCAGCACCCCGGCUCUGGAGCAUGCACACAAUGCCUUUAUGAUGGGCAUGUAUGCCAACAUGUGGCGGGAUACUCCCGAGCCGGGAGUCGCAAACUGGGUUAGCAGCAAUGCCAAACCGAGUAGUAAUGUCACCAAGGGCACUGGUGACGAGAGUGAGAAGCGCAUGAAGCACGAAGUCAUGCAGUUGAGUCGAAGAGAAAGAAAGAGGCUAAAGACACUUCAUCAGAGUGCAAAUGCGGGGCCAGAUGCUCCCUGGGUCGCGAGCGACGGCACCGGGGGUGUGAUGCAGGAAUACCACGAGGCUCGUCGGGCCAAAAUGCCAGACAGUGGUCCUACAAGCGCUGCUGGAGGAUAUGGAAAGACCAAUUGGGACCUCGAAAUCCGCAAGCGCUACACAUCCUCCCUGUUCAUAGAAACACACGAGUUCCCCACCGCCACCACAAUCUCCCACCGUCUCUUGCCUAUUUGCUACGAAUCGGGCCUUGCCAACGGCCAUACCGCGGAUUGCGCCGAGUAUAUGAAUAUUGCGACUGAAACAUUCAUCAAGGAAGCCCUCACCAAUUUCUUCCAGCUCAUCAGCUCCAACGGCUCAAACUAUAUCCGUACCGCCGACUUCAAAAAGAAGAUUGAGCGCGAAGAGCGCCGCGUAGAAAGAGGAGAACUCCAGAGAGUGGCGGGUGGCGAACUUCCCAUCGAAGCCGAAGAACGACGAAAAAGGCCGGCCAUGUGUACAGAAGACCUUCGCCUUGCGAUCCUCUUAGGCGACGGGUACCUCGGCCAAGUUCCCUUGAUAUCCAGCUCUAUAUCCAAUUCACAUUUUCUGGAUACCCCAGGCGUCGAAGACAUCUACGAGCCUUUUGUGCCCAGCAAAGCCAUCGCGAAUGGCGUUCCUGCCACCAACGGCAUCAACGGCGCCGCAGUUGCUGGUUCAAAAACAAAUACGACAAAUCAACAGUCAUGGACGAUUGACCUUGGCGACUCCAUGGUACUGGAUGACGACUUGGCGUGGCAAGGUGGUAGCGUCAAAGACGUGGAAGACAUGGAUAUUGCGUUAGAUUCUGUGCUCGAACUUGGCACUCUUUAA